GCCACUCAAGUCAUCGACACCGCCAUGAGCGCAAUGGACACUGAUGAGCCCUCUGUGGUAUCGAGUUCUACCGCAACUGGUCUGACGCUCUCCCUUCACCCGCUCCCGAUUCUCAACAUCUCUGAGCACUUGACAAGGCUCAAACUACAAACAAAUUCCCCCUCUCCCUUUGUUCUUGGUGCGCUGCUUGGAACCCAAAAUGGGCGAGAGGUUGAGAUCGUGAAUACUUUUGAGCUUGCGGUCGAAAAUGGGGGUGAAGUCGUGGACCAUGGUUUCCUCGUUUCCCGACGUGAUCAAUACAAACAGGUGUUUCCCUCGCUGGAAUUCAUUGGGUGGUACACGGUCGCACAGCGUCCAACGUCUCGCCAUAUCGCGCUCCACGAACAAUUUACAGGGUACUGCUCGACACCGUUGCUGUUGACUCUUCAGCCUGCGAUGAGUCUUGUCGCGAGUUCUGAUGUCAACGCUCAGAAUCUGCCUUUUAAAGCAUAUGAACCCACCAUAGAACUCCGAGACAGGAAAUCGCGAUCAGUGUUCAUUGAAGUACCGUUCAGUGUGGAGACGGGUGAGGCGGAACGCAUUGCAGUCGAUUGGACAGCACGUGGCGGGGGGAGUGGAACAAGUCUCGAGUCUCAUCUUCACACUCAACGCGCCGCUGUGAAGAUGCUACACGACCGAAUCAUGGUCUUAGUCAGAUAUGUCAGCGAGCUCGUAGCUGGGCGAGCCCACAAAGAUCAUGCGACACUACGAGCACUCUCGGCCCUGAUUGCGUCUUUGCCUGCAACAGAAAACCUUGCCUUCCGUCAAGAGUUUGAAACGGAAUACGAGGAUGUCCAAUUAACAGCUUUCUUAUCCUCCUUGACUAAAUCCGCCAACAUCCUGAAUGACCUUGUCGAUAAGCACAUUGUGGUGACGAGUGGAAACCAUGAACGUGGGCCUGGUGGACCCAGACGACGCGGGAUGGGCAUGGGUAUGGGUCGCCACAGUGAAUGGGACCGCCACUAG